AUGGCAAACUGUGCCGCCAACUGUCAGCAUGAAAACAUAGACUCUGCUGAGGAGGAGGUGGCUCGCCUGGCCUCGCUGCAGCCUCAGGUGGAUCUUCUGGAGAAGCACAUGAAGGAGCUGAAGGAGGAGAAGGAAGGGGACGAGGACCCUUCAGCUUUCCUUGACGCUGACAUCAGUGCCUUCAAAGAGCACUACCGGCAGGUGCUGGAGGACCUGAGGGCCAGAGAGAGGCAGCUGCAGCUGGUUUUGGAGAGCUUGCCCCCGGCUCGUUACAAGGAAACUAUAGCCACACUGUUGGCAUGGCUACAACAGUGCGAGGCCAAGCUGUCCAUCCCAUCCACGGCGGUUACAGAGCAUCCUGUGAUGGAACAGAGACUUACGGACGUCCAGGCCCUGCAGGUGGCUCUGGCUGAACACCAGGGGGAGGUGGACUACCUGACCUCCACUGUGGAGCAGGUGUUCCAGAAAGCACCAGCAGACAUCAGCCAAAAGUAUCGCAUCGAGAUGGACGGCAUCAUGGCGCGGUGGAAGCGACUCGGCACGACGCUGACAGACAACGCCCAGAAACUCCAGGAGCUCAUGGCCAAACUGUUGCAGUUUGAGAAUGACGUUAAGACUCUUAAGAAGUGGAUGGCAGAUGUGGACGUGUUCCUGAACGAGGAAUGGCCAGCCCUGGGAGACUCUGAAGCUCUGGAGAAACAGCUGGAGCAGUGCACGGCUUUGGUGAAUGACAUCCACACCAUCCAACCCAGCGUCAACGGCAUCAACGAAGUGGGUCUGUACCUAAAGAAAGAGGCCGAGCCACCCUACGCUGUCCACAUCCAGAAGGAACUAGACGACCUCAACGCCCAGUGGGAGAACGUCUGCAAACAGGCCUACGCCAAGAAGUCGGCCCUGAAAGGAGGCCUCGACAAGACCAUGGCUCUGAGGAAGGAGAUGCAGGAGAUGCAGGAGUGGAUCAACCAGGCGGAGGAGGACUACCUGGAGAGAGACUUCACGUACAAGACUCCUGAAGAGCUGCGCAAGGCUGUGGAGGAGCUCAAGAGGGCCCAGGAAGAGGUCCACUCCAAGGAGCUGAAGGUCAAACUCCUGACUGACAGUGUCAACAGUUUCAUCGCCAAGGCUCCCCCCACGGCCCAUGAUGCCUUGCGGUCUGAGUUGGACGUUUUGACAGCUAACUACCAGCGCCUGUGCAGCCGGCUGGAUGGGAAAUGUAAAACACUGGAGGAGGUGUGGGCGUGCUGGUGUGAGCUGCUCUCCUACCUGGAGCAGGAGAACGCCUUCCUGGACCAGCUGGAGCAGAAGCUGGACGAGACGGAGAACCUGGAGGGAGGAGCGGAGGAGCUGCAGGAGGCGCUGGAUAGUCUGGAUGUUCUUCUGCAACACCCGGAUGACAACAGGAACCAGAUUCGGGAGCUGGCCCAGACGCUAAUGGACGGAGGAGUUCUGGAUGAACUAAUACAGCAGAAACUAGACGCCUUCAACACACGAUGGGAUGAGCUCAUGGCGAGGGACCUGCGGUUUCAGAGGAACAGGAAGGCGUUGGCCAUCGCUCCCCAGUGGUACCAGUACAGGAGGAAGUCACAUGACCUGCUGGCCUGGCUGGACGACAUUCAACGCAGCGUGGACCAACUGCCCGACCCCCCCGAGGGAGAGAGGGUCAAGGAAAUUGGCUCAGAGUUCGACAAGAAGAAGGAGGAGCUUAACGAGGUGCAGGGCUUAGCCAAUCAGCUGUCAGAAGCUGGAGCCGCCAAUCUAGUGGAGCCCCGCCAACUCCAGCUCAACACGCGCUGGGUUGAGGUGGAGGGCAAGUUCUUACCCUUCAAAAGACAAUGUGAGUACCUGAUCGAGCUGCAGGCGUUGCUGCGCUCAGUGUCGGAGACGGACUUCAAGCUGAACUCUCCGGAGUACUGGCCAGCAGCGUAUUAUAACCUGCCACAGCAGGACCUCUGUCUGAAGGAGGUGAAGGCGAGCAUUGAAGAGCUGCGGGGCCCAGUGGAGGGAGCCUUGGCCCGCAGAGAGGAGAUGGUGUCGGGGGCCCGGCCCCUGGAGGGUCAGAGGAUCCAGGAGACCGCCUCCCUUCUCAACACUAACUGGGACAAACUGAACAAGCUCCACCAGGACAGACUCAAGCGUUGGCAGGAUUGCAACAUCAAGUGGCAGAAGUUUGUGUCGGAUCAGAAGGCGAUGGAGGAGUGGCUGAACAACGCUGAGAGCUCUUUGAGACUGGCCGAGAGCGAGCCAGCAGCACACAAGCAGCACCUCAGGUGUCCACCAACACUGCUGACAUGCCCUUGA